AUGUUCGACCUUAUCAAGCGCAAGUCGAAAAGUUCGGCAAGACGACAAUGUCAAGAAUCGCAGCGGGAACGCAAGAUAGUAUUCUGCGACUUUGGGUUCCAUGGCCGAGCAGCCAACAACGGAUGGGAGUUCACAUAUGUUGAUGAAGUUGAUUUCGACCCAGCGGUGGAUCUAAGGAACUACAAAUGGACUCCGCCGGAUCGGUGCGUCGACACACUGUCAACAUUUGCUGCUUCGCAACUUCGCAAAAACUUGAGAAGCUCUAAAGGAUGGCGGUUCGUCGGUGUAAUCGAGGAUGGAGAUCGACGGCCACUACCGAUUCAACGUAGGGAGAGAAACCCGAGAACGAUGCUACUCUUCGAGAGGGAUGUGCCUUGUCCUUGUGACGGUACUCAGCAUUCGGUGCGCAAAUCGAGUAUCUCAAAGUCGUCAAAUGUCUACGACAGCAAAUUUAUCGAGUACGGUCACGAUGACAUUCUGACCACGAAAAUGGCCAGGCUCGAUUGCAGCGGUGGCAGUUUUUCGUCCACGUCCAGUGAUGGGCAUGAUCCGCCGCCAUCAUACCGCAGUCGUCUUUCGACGUUAGCUGUCUUACCCGAACAGCAUGCGACAUGA